AUGGAGAAAGUGACAUUUCAGGCUGAAAUGACUAGACACCUCCAGGAAGUAGAGAAGGUAAAAGAAACCCAGGGAAAAGAACUGCCCUCAGCCCAGUGUGUUAAACCUUGGAGCAACCAUGAGAUUAGGAGUUUCCUACAAGAAUGGGAACUCCUUGAAGGUGAAGAGUUAAAGAAGAAUUAUCACGUAGCAUCAAGAAUAAUUGCCAGGCAUCUAAAGGAAAGGGGCAUAAAUAAGAGCAGGAGAAAAUGUCUCCAGAUGCUAAUAAACAUGGAGGACUUAUAUUGGACCGUUCAUGAAGCCAACCAGAGACCAAGGAGUGAACCCUUGCCAUGUCCUUAUGGAGAGGCCCUUCACAGGAUCCUAGAACACAGAGGGGAGAACAAGGACUUCUCAGAAGUGGCUGAUGUCCCACCACCUGAGUACCAGCCCCCUGCGUGUGCCAUCCCUGACUGCUUUGAGGAGCUGCUGUGGGCUCCCCCACAUAUGAUCUACAUAGAGGAUCCUCAGGUACCCAGAUGGGAACCCUGGAACAUGAACCUUCCACAGUCAAGUCUGUGCCUGUUUCCUGCAUUUCUCUCCCUACACCCUGGCCCCCAGCAACAGUGGUCAGCUCUCUCUGACAAUGAGUCAGAGUGA